UGUCAAUGCUAGCAGCUAUUCCUGAAGAUAGGCCUCUCGUGUCUGGUGAAAGCAGGAACACUGCAGCUAAAAAGAAGAAGCAACUUGAAGGCAGCAAGAAGAAGGCCAACAAGCAAUGUGCUGGUCAACGCGACAACAAAACAUCAGAAGCAAAGCCCCAGGGGACCUCUAAAUCUAAAGCACUGUUGGCCGAAGCGGCAGCGAAGACUGUUUCCACCUCGCGUGGCUCACUUUGUGCGAUUCGCUGUUACUAUAAGCGUCGACCUACUGGCGUUGAGCGGUUCUACGAAGAGCGAUCGUUUACAGUCCCCAAAGCACUGAAGGCGGCUGAUCUCAUUCUGCGCGACUCCAUUGGACCAAGUGCACUGGGUUGUGGAGCUGUGCGUGGACGCAGCACUUUGACUUCCACGUUGGCGAAGAAACCGGAGGCUGGAUCAUCGAAAGCGAGUGCGGAGGCUGGGCCAACCACGACUGGAGCGACAAGCAGGACGCAUGUUGACGGAAAAGACCAGCACCGGCAAAACAGGAAGGAUAUCAAGGUGGAGACACAGAAUAACAAGGGUACGACAAAGCUGACCCCGAAAUUGGCUUGGCGACAGCCUCCUGCAUCGGAUGAAGCGAAGAGAAGCAAAGACGCAGCAGGGCAGGAUGCGAAGAUGAAAGGCGAAAAUGAUGGAGAACCUUCAACUAAGCGUAGGAAAGUUACUCCGACGACCAGCACCACUCACGUAAAGUUGGAGCCGCAGACUCCAAAUCAGACCGUCGGCGUUCCUCCCACACAACGUGUACUGAACCCUGCCUCGAACACUGACACGGUAAUGGAUGCUGCCACCUCUACUAGUCUCGAACAACUCCAAAGCGACAUCGCCAUGUUGACCAAAGAAGAUAUUGCUGCCAUGUUCAUGCCGCCUCCAGAGCAGCAGUUCCUGUUCCCCUCUGAGGCGCAGACUAAUCAGGCAGCGUGGAUAUCAGAUUCGAAGCUUACGAAUACGGAGGUCAACCGCUUGCGCAAACUGAAGAACAAGGCUAACAAAAAGCUCGGCGAGGGCUACUUCAAGGAGGAGCAAGACAACAUGGCAAGAGCGAUCGCGCAGGGCAAAGCGAAAGAAGCGAAGCAACAAGAAAAACAAGUGAAGGAGCAGGAAAAAGCUGUGAGUAAGAAUAAUCCAUUUGCUCAGGAGGACCAGGGACAAGCCCGUCAGGCAAGUAGUGCAGGUAACAACCCCUUCAACCAGCAAAGCAGUGCCAGUUCUACAUCUACUGUACAUCCAUCUCAGGUAAAAAAUCCAUACCUUCCCUCACCUCCUAACGCAGCACCAGUAUCCUCUCCAGUCCAACAACCGGUUCAACAUCACCCUCCAAUCAUCAUGAAUCCCGAGGAACUGAUAGUUCAACAGCACGAACAUGCGCAACAAGCUGCUCUAGGAGUUGGAGUACCGCAGACUGCGUUUUCUCAGCUUGCACCAAUGACAGCGGCGUCUUUUGCGGCUGCCGAUCGAGGGAUGAUUACUACUAAGACGGCCAGGGAAGCAGUGCAGCUUGCGACGUCUUCGUCUGCAGGAGGCACUCCUGGUUCUGCGCCUAUACCGAACACAGCUGCUGGAAGACGACCGGUGAGCAAGUUUUGGGAAGCUAUUUCCGCUACAUUGGCAAGUAAUGUUCCGGAAGUUGUAAACCAAACAUCUGUUGUACCUGCACUUACCAGAAAAGAACUGGGGAGGCUCCAGCUAACGGCGACCGGAACUGGAGCAAAAAUUGGAGCCCCGACUGGGGCAGCCUCUUCUGGGGACGAUCAGAAGCAAUCCUUCUCUACUUCAGGCGUCUACAGAGCAUUUGCAGCACCAAAAACUAUCGGAAAUCCAGACGCUCUGAAAAGUGCGGCCGCUGGUGUACUAGAGAUCCCGGCAAUCAAAAGUCAUAAUGCCAGUGUAGCAAAUCCUUUUGUCUCUGCUCCGCCAACACCUAGAGUAGGAGCUUUGUCUGGAGUAGGGCAGACCACUCUGGGAGCGUUUCCGCCAAUAUUAACUUCUACUACUCCUGCAGGCAUGUCCUCUACUUCUAUGACUCCGGAAGAUGCAGAAGCGUACAAGAAAGUGAUGAGUCUGUUUGGAGAGACUGACACUGGUGCAUCUUCUGCUGCUUCCACCUUGCCUCCAUCCAUCGCGGAACUCUUCGGCUCUAGCACCAGUGGUGCUACGUCUUCUUCUGGAACCUCACCUGCGACCGUAGAUAUUCUUGCACGUUUAAUGGGCGGGCAGCCCACGACGUCAUCUUCAGACAAGAUGCCGAUGCCACCGCCUCCGACUAAGAUGCCUCCUCCACCUCUGAAGAGCACUACGACGCCAACUGCGAACUACAAAGCUCAAGAACAACACGCUGGAGAAAAAGCUGAAGACAAAAAAAAGACUAAGCAGAAACUCAAAGUGGAUUUUGGUAGAAAUCGUCCUGCCUGGUCUAUUCGAGAUGAGGCAGAAAGUAUGGUAAUUGCAUCUUCGUCUUCGUGGGCUGUUCCUGGUGCACAGUCUGCUUCAUCCACCUCGUCUGGAGGUGGAGGCGAUCCCCUUGCUGCGGCAUUAGAGGCAUUUGUUGAAGCUGGAGGCGAUCCUUCGAUCUUGGACUUACCUAGUAGUGGAGACGCUGGUGCACCACAACUGCCGCAUCUGUCAUCUUCAACCAGUACGGGCACACCUCCAGGUACAUCUUCAUCCUCAGCACAGCAAGGACAAGGACAAGACGCCGCCACUAAGAAAAUUCCCAAAGGAAUGAUGGUAGGGGAGCAACCGCAGAACAAGAAGUCACAAGGAGCUGCGUUGCUAGAAUACCAAAAGCAGAAGAAAAAACGUGUCCGGGCGCAUAAAGGAGCAGAAAAACGCGCCGCUGCCGUCGGCGUCUUGCGACCACCAGUAGCUGUCUUGCCACCACCAAGCGUGGCGAAACGCACCUCCAAUGAAGCACACAUCAAGAGACAUGAUGAUACUACAACAGGCACUACUCCUGGUCAAGGUCAUGAAUCUCGUGCACUAGCAGCAGCAUCUUCUGCUGGAGCGUCCCCUUUAGAGAGAGAGGCGGGACGCGAUGUUAGUAACGAAGAUUCUGCCGCGAUGUUGAACCCGUUUGGGUCGGAUUUCGAUGACGUUGGAAAUCCUUUCUUGUAGAAGGAUUUCAGAUUUAUCCUUUGUAGGAUGAGAGGAGAAAGAAGGACGUAACACAAGUCUCGACGAAAUGCAGUUGGCACGAGGAUGGACAGUGAAUUUCGUGUACUAGAAGAAAAAAAAUAAUGAUUCAACUUGAUGUAGGCACAAGUUGUAGAAGCACCGACAUGAUCAUGCAUGCUUCAUACGAUAUUGUGGAGGUUGAUGUUGAAAAUGAAAAAAAAACGAAUUUGAUAGAUAUAAGGAUUUAGUUGUUCUCCAUGCUUCGUCUUUUACUUUUUGAAGUGACAUCAUCAUGACCGUCGACUAGUCGCACAAGAUGCGAAACCCAAGAGGAUAACAAACAGUAAUAUGUGAUAUGUACUACUACUAGUACAAUAAGACCGACGCUUCAAUUUAGAUCAAAGUGGAACCCCCAAUCAAAAUCAUUUGGAAAAAAACUCAUCACAUUUGUUAGUCUACCCGUCGAAAAAGAUAAACUCUCCCCCUAAACUAAAAGACUGAAUACUUGACCUCAUGAAUCUGGUUUGGUACUUUAGGAGUUUUUUCUUUACAUGCUUUUACAUGUUUUAGUUCAAGCUUUUAGAUUUUGAUUCUUGCUCGUAUUUCACAGUUUUAGUUGAAGCUUUUCAAUGCAGGCAUUCUUACUGAAGCUCAAAACCAGCCCACAUGCACUGUAUCCGAAACCGAACCAAAAAGAUAAACUUCCCCCCUAAACUAAAAGACUGAGGAAAGCACAGACAUGUCCUACCCAUGUUCAGCAUAUAACCACCGUCCUCCUCUAGUAGAAGUACACCUGUUGAAGUUGAUAAUGCAGCCCUGUUCUUGUCCCUCAUCCUACUCGCAACAGCACGACUGAAUCUUCUACCUGCGGCCUCUUUUUCUCAUGCUCGUCUAUCGUGAAGUCACGACAGAGCCUGCUGUUCUUCACGACCUUAUUAAUGUACAAUCAUGCUCC